AUUUUUUCUUCGGCUUAAUAGGAAGGUUACGUCAUUACAUUAAACCUUUGCAAAAAAGAGAUGAUUUUGUAUAAAUAGACUGAGAAUCCACAUUUGAUCAGACAAUCAUGAAGUGGUUUGUGGUGGUUGCAAUUGUGUCGACUUGCCUUGUGGCAGCGAUCCAAACAGCAGAGCUCGAGAAUGUCCUUAGAGUAAGAAGAAAUUCUUACAACAAAGGCGGCGGUGGCGGAGCCGGAGGUGGCGGCGGAUGGGGUGGAGGAGGGGGAGGUGGUAAAGGAGGCGGCGGUGGUGCAGGAUGGGGCGGCGGCGGUGGACAAGGAGGCGGUAAAGGAGGCGGUGGCGGAUGGGGCGGCGGUGGUGGUGGAGGAUGGGGCGGCGGCGGUGGCCAAGGAGGUGGUGCCGGAGGUGGCGGCGGAUGGGGAGGCGGUGGCGGACAAGGAGGAGGCGGUGGUCACAAUGGAGGAGGUCAUAACGGAGGUGGAGGACACAACGGAGGCGGCGGAUAUAACGGAGGUGGUGGACACGGUGGAGGUGGAGGUGGAGGACACGGCGGAGGUGGUGGACACAACGGAGGCGGCGGUCACCAUGGAGGUGGAGGACACAAUGGAGGCGGUUAUGGAAGUUCUGGUGGUGGUUACGCAUCUGCUUCAUCAUCUGCUAAAGCCGGAGCUUAUGGAAAAUGAGAAGCGAAGAGUAUCUUCAAGUUCAAGAAAUAAGAAAAGACGAAUGUAUUGUGAUUUUAUUUUUGUAAAAAUUUUGUGUGUAUUUUGCCGUUAAUAAAAAAUUUAUUACA